AUGACUAACGCCAGAGGCGAACCGAGCGGAAGUGGAAAUGAUGGUGGCGGGGGCGGAUUUCAUAGAUUGCAGGCAGAGCGUGACCUAGAAUCCAAUUGGGAACUCGACCUCGGACAAAAACUCGAAGAGUAUUUGCUGAAGAUUUGCUCCGGUGAAAUACCCACCGAAGCCGAAGGCCAUGUCGCUAUUAAUUUCGCCGAAGCUGCGCUGUUGCUUCAGGGUUCGAUCCAAGUGUAUAGUCGGAAGGUGGAAUAUCUGUACUCGUUAGUUUUGCGUGCUUUGGAGUUCCUUUCACAGAAGGGGCAGCAUGAACAAUCUGAAGGCACAUCAGUUCGGCCUGAAGAAGGUGAAAGUUCCCGUGCUGUUUCUGAUGAAGAAAAUGAUAUGUUCUGGGGCUUAGAUGACAUCUCAGUGGAAGGAAAGAAUUGUUUAGAUAGUCCAGUGGGCAGAGAUGCUCCUUUAAAUUCCUUUGUGAAGCCCCCAGCAAAUCUAGUUGUACUUGAAGGUGAUUGCUUAGAUACUACUGGUGAUUUCGGAGAAUUAGAGUCAUAUCUGCUGGCCACCAAUGAUCUCUACCAGGAUUUCAUUUUAUUAGAUCCAUGCGAUGCAGUAGCAGUGCAUGAUUAUUUGAGUGCAGAUGGAGCUGGUAAAGGACAAAAUAGUGCUUAUAGGGCCACCUCAACACAAAAAAGUUAUCAGUCACCUACAAGACGUUCAGGUGGAACUGCGCGUAGGUCAUCUCUCCAUAAAUGCCAGGAUCCUAAUGUUAAUCAAACCCCUGGGGUUGGUUGCAGCUUUGAGGCCAAAAAUUGUAAUAUUGGACCCGACCCUCCUGCCAGCAAUGAUUUUGAUGAUGGUGAUCAUGGAUUUGAUAUGGAUGACAGAUAUUCAGAGCCCAGGGACUUGGAUGAUGAAGAUGAUGAAGAUGAUCCAUGGAAGCCUUUGAAUCCCCAUGAACCUGGGAACUUGAAAGUGAAACCUUUUAGAAAAGUCAAAGCUUCUAACAGGAAAGGGGUUAGUUCUACUAAGCAGGUCUCUAUGAUUACACUAUUUCCACCUGCAAAGUUGCAUGGUACUAUUAGUCCAGAGCUUACCGAAAUGUGGGAGAUGCAACGUCGUGCCGAUGAAAGACAAAAGGGGUCCCAGUCUCCUCCAUUAUUUGAAAAGCUGCGGGAAUCACUUAUUAAUGGAAGACAUGAAACCUUUGAUGCCUUCUGCAAUCCUAUGGGUGCAAAUGAGGAUACUGAAUAUGAUAAUGAGAUCCCUGAUUUUGGGCAUACGGAUGCUGACAUGCCGGAACCUUUGUUCAUGGAUGAAAAUGUACCUCCAUACAAGGACAAGUUUGACGAUGGUGGUCCACAGUUUGGUACUGAUGAAGCAUUUGGAUACGACAAUUCAAAUCCUCAUGCAUGCCUGGAAGAUUUAUGUCGCUCUCACUUAGACGCUCUCCUUGCUAGCAUAGCUGAAACCGAGAAACAAACUGAAUUGGCUACGCGUGUUUCAACAUGGAAACAGAAAAUUGAGCACAACUUGGAAGAGCAAGAAUUACACCCUGCUUUUGAUAUUCAUGACUACGGCGAAAGAAUUCUCGACAGAAUAUCCUUUGAACCAGACAAUGUAGAUGUCUUGUCUUUCGCGGAUGUUGUAAAAGGUCAGGAAAAGUAUGAUGUGGCUCGGAGUUUUUCUGCACUCCUGCAACUGGUAAACAAUGGAAACGUUGAGUUGGACAGGAGUGGGGUUGAUGGUGAGUCUGUUUGUUACACAGCUGUGAAUCCCUUCCAUGUUCGGCUCCUUAAGCAUGACAAGAGAAGAGAGGAUGCUGGAUUUCGGUUGUCAAGAAAGAGAGUUAAGUCUCCAUUGAGCAAAGCAUGUGGAAAAGUUGACAAAGACAACACCGGGACUGCAAAAUCUCCCACAGUGAAGUCAUCUUCUAAGGUACAUAAAUCAACAGAGGCAUCUUCUCAAAUAAACGGAAAGUCACCAGUGAAACUUGGAAAGGCCAUUCAACACAUUGCUGGAUGGCUCAAAUCAACUUCGGGAGUGACCCCUGUAGCUGCCAUUGUAGUUUACUAA